AUGUCUACCCCACAACAACCACAGUCUAAGGAUGAUGAGCGCGGUAAGGAAAUUGGUGCUAAGAAAGUGCAAUUCAAAGAAGAUGAAGAGGAUGAAGAACCGGUUGACAAAGAGAUAGAAGUUGAGUCUCCUCCUUCUAAAACCACUCAAGACAUUCCCAAGGCUACUCAAGAGACCUCCAUUCAAUCCAAAGAGCCAAUAGAGAAAGGAUCACCUCCCAAAGGUGAUGAGAUGCCUAAGUGUGCUGAGUUUCUGAAAGAUCUAUGUACAAACAAGAGGAAAUAUAGGCACAGUAAGAGAAUCCAACUGAGGUCUAGUAUUAGUGUUAUCUUUAAGCCACGGCUACCUAUUAAGUGUAAAGACCCAGGUUCCUACACUAUUCCCUGUACCAUAGACAAAAUAAACAUUUCACAUGCCUUAUUGGACUUAGGUGUAGCCAUAAAUGCUAUGUCUACCUCUAUCUAUGAGAGUUUAGGUAUCUAUGCCUUGAAAGACACCAGUGUUGUGCUAGGUCUAACUGAUAGGACUAUGAGACAUCCUAAGGGCUUUCUUAAGGAUGUUCUUGUGCAAGUGAAGGGUAUUGUGUUCCCAGCUGACUUUUAUAAGCUAGAUAUGACUGAUGAGAUUAAAGUCGAUAACACUUUGAUUCUAGGAAGACCUUUUCUUAGAACAGCCCAGACUAUAAUUAAUGUGAAAGACGGGAUUGCUCUUACUUGGGUGUUAAUUUGA